CAGUUCGACAGACGUUAGAAUGCACAUCUACGACUUAUACAGAGUUGCGGGCAUUUUCGGUAAUCAUAUUCAAAGGUGACACUGUGGUCGAUCUUUUUUAAUCCGCAUAAAAAUAUAGUCUUCUCUUUAAAAAGCUCAAUAAGUAAAUUAAAAAUAUUUAAGGAAUUUCAAUAAUAACAAAAGUGUUGCAUAUUACAAUUUGUAACAUAAUUAUUGUAAUUAUGUGUGCUAUUAUUGUUGAAAAUUCUUACGGCAUUAUCAAAAAAUAUUUUUAAACUCCGAAGAGUAGCACCACUUGAAGGGUUGUUACAAGAAUAUUAUUGUAUUGUUUACCAUACUAAAUGUGAAGUUUCUGUUACCGAGUUUUGAGUUUUAAAUUUAUUUAGAGAAACGUGAUAGACAUAACUUUAAAAAUGUCUAGAAUGGAGCUUAACAACAUUCAAACUAAAUUAAAAACAGCUAUUCAAAAUCACCAGAUGUUGGUAGUCAAGAUUAAAGGAGAUAGCCAGAAUGUGACACUAAAAAAAGGUUUGCUGGAGCUGCAAGAAGAAAUCAAACGUCUGAGUGAUGAACAAAAAAAAAUUGUUGUCAAAUUGAGAGAAAGUCUUGUCAAGCCCCAGAACCAUACACCCUUGGCACCGGUACUUGGCAGUGAAGGAACAAUGACAUCCAUAGGGCAACAAGUUCUGAACUUUCCUUCACAGGGAGCUGGUGGUGUCUUACCAGUGAGCAUGCUAGCUGUACCCAUAGCUCACAUGCAGCAACCUGCAGUCAGUAUGUACCUCCAUUCAGCAAGUGGUGUCCCAUUAUCUCCAGCAACUAGUAUAUCACUGAUGCCUGCUAGCAUUUUAGCCAGUGGAUGUAGUAUCAUCAACAGUGAAGGAACCAUUAGCCUAGCAAACAACUUAAACAACCUACUCCAUGGAAACAUUGCGCUAAAUACUUUUGAUAAUGGGUUCGGCAGUUUAUCUAAUGCACAGUUCACCUCCUCAGGGAGCACGAGUUCUGGAUUUAUGCUUAGCAAUGCUAACAGCACUAAUCAAGUUGGAUCUAACAUUACUGCGCUGGUCCCCGGCGGAAACAUCAUACAAACUAGCCUCACCAAUGGAGUAGGUCUUAUAACGUCCAAUAACAAUGGCAGCACUAACUCUGAUGUCAAGGCCACAGUUGGUCAUUCACCAGCGUCAGUCAAGAUGGUGGCAUCUUGUAAUGUCAACAACAUAAACCUUGGCCACCCUACAUCAUCUGGUAUCACUCAUGUGAACUUAAGCCAGCCAGCAUCAACUAGUGCCACAAAUGUAAACCCCAGCCAAUCAGGAGUAAUAGCCACAGCUCUACACAGUGCGCCAUCAACUGUCUCCUCGGUUGGUUCUGUGCUACCCCAACAGCCUUUAGUGCAGCCUCAUCUCUUACAACAGCAGCAACAGCAAAUUCUUCAAAUGAUACAACAGCAACAGCAGCAACCUCAUCAGCGACUUGCAUCCCACUUGCCUAUAAAAGUUCCACAGUACAGUGCAUCACACAUAAGACCUGGGAAUAAUAUUACUCAAAAUGGUAGUGUAACCUCAUCUCCAGGGAUUGUUACGACAGCACACAGCAUUAAGGUUGCAAGUUCACUUAGUGUUCCAAUCUUUCCCAAAUGCACAAGCAAUACGGAGUUAUCUGUACACGACUCUAUCCUCACGUCUGCUGUGUCAACCAAAGUUGUCAGUGACACUCACAAAACUCAGACACACUCUUCUCAAGUAACUGUUAAACAGCGGGAAGAUUCUCACCGGACAUCUGCUAAACCUGUUUCUGAUGAAGAAGAGAAAAAAAUUCAAUUUAUGGAAAAGUUAGACCUCUACACAUCUAGUGCUUUAAAUGAUCUCGUCAAAAGAAGAAAUGAAAGAAAGCGUAGAACAACAGCCAAUCCACAUUAUAGUUUUGGUUUUGAGAUGAGUAACAGAGACGGUGCCUGGAAUUCGUCAGUGACCAAAAGGCAGCGUGUACGUGGACAGAGUCAGCCUGAAGCUCAACAACAGAAACAACUCAUCAAGAAACUGAAUGACAACCAUGAUGACUUUUGUGCUGCCUGUCACAAAGGAGGUGAACUGUUGAUGUGUGAAACUUGUCGCUUAGUUUACCACCUGGACUGUCUAAACCCCCCUCUGACCCACGCACCAACAUAUGCAUGGAGCUGUCCAAAGUGUCUGGUUUUAGGAAAAGGCCUGACCUACAUAAACAAUGAAGUAUUGGCAAGAGUCCACAAUUACAUCAAUUUUAAAACAGCCAAAGUGGAGGAAAAGAAGCUAACUGAGAAAAAAAAUUCUGACCUGAUCUCGGAACGAAAUAAUUUAGAGGCAAGACUCAAACAUUUAAAUGAUAAAAUAGUGGAGAAGUCAUUACUUCAGUCUAACUUGUCUUCCCAAGAUAUGAAGAAGAAGGAAGAGUUGCACAAAUUGUCAGACUUCGUGAAAUCAAUGAAAGAAUCCAGUCCAGCAGAAACCCUUCCCGCCCCCAGCGGCAGCUGUUUAAAUAGUUAGCAUGACUACAGGCUUGUAUGUUUCGCACUGGCACUCUUGUUAUUAGACACUUAAAAGAUCCAAUGAACUAUUAGACAUUAGAAUAAUUAGAUAACCUGUCUUUCACAAAUAUAUUUCUAAUAUAUAUCUAUUUAUAAUGAACUCAUGCAGUCCCUAAUGCAGGGAGAUUAUCUUGUUACAUGAUUCUAUGUAAAUUUUUUGUUGUUGCUGAAUUUGUUUUUAAUAAACAUGUAUCUCAUGAA